AAGGAGACAACAUAGAAAGUGUAGCGACAGCAAUGGGUUGCCUCUUUCCCUCGCAGUUUCCUCAGUGUGUGGGAGGGUGCUUGCUUUAAACAGCCAUGUUGCUUGAAAUCCAGUGCUGUCUCAUGCUUUUGCCCUGCCAGUAUUUUGCUCUCUUGGCACAAGGCCCACCCCAGACAUUUUGGCACCUGAGGGGAGGCACAAAAUGACUCCUUGCCCCCACAUACUCCUCGUUCAAAACCAACCUGUCCAAGCUCUGAAAGUGCACUGGGAAGAGACAGGAAGGAAGGAAGGUUGCCAGCAGCCGCCACCACCGCCGCCUCCUCUCCUUGGGCUUCUUGCAAGCUUUGCAAGGAGUGCAAAAGACCCUCCUUGCAAGGCUUAGAAGGGUCACCUCACAUUGGUCUCAAAGAGUUGCUCUGGUGGUGGCAACAAAGGCCAUCUUGCUGCCCUGCUGAUACCGCCCCCGCCCGCAACAAGCUGCUGCAGCUGCCUCCCCUUGCGGCCUGAAAGGGCCACCCCUGUUUUGGCAUCCCAUUGCAAAGCCUUGAAAAGGAACGCUUGAAGUCAGAUGCCAGAAGUUGAAUCCUGUGCAUAUGAACAUCUCAAGCAGAAGUGGCUGGAAAUCAACCUUGGAGAGACUUCUCUUAAUAUAGAAUCCAUCCAAAUGGAGCCAGCAGUGAAGUGAAGUCGUUGAGAGUUCACUAAAUUCAAGCAAGUCCUACAGUCUUGCCCAAGUUGCAAAAAUGACAGGCAACAGCCCCCAAGACAGGUAUAAGGCUGUCUGGCUGAUUUUUUUCAUCCUUGGCCUGGGGAUGCUCUUGCCAUGGAAUUUUUUUAUGACCGCUACACUGUACUUUACCAGCCGCCUGAAGGAAUCCCACAACAUAUCCUCUGCUGACCACCUUGCUCAUGCGAAUGCCACAGGGACGGGGGGACCGCCUCUCACAUAUCUGCAGUCCAUAUUCAGCAAUGUGAUGACGCUUUGUGCCAUGUUGCCUCUACUUGUCUUCACUUGCCUCAACUCCUUCAUCCACCAGAGGAUCCCACAGCAAGUCCGGAUCCUAUGCAGCCUGGUUGCCAUCUUCUUAGUCUUCAUGGUAACAGCUAUCCUGGUCAAGGUCCCCAUGGAGCCUUUGCCUUUCUUCAUCGUUACCAUGGUCAAGAUUGUCUUCAUCAAUUCCUUUGGUGCUAUUCUGCAAGGCAGCCUCUUUGGACUGGCAGGGCUCUUGCCGGCCAGUUACAUUGCACCUAUUAUGAGCGGGCAGGGCCUCGCAGGGACAUUUGCGGCUCUGGCCAUGAUCUGUGCUAUUGCCAGUGGCUCUGAACUGGAAACCAGUGCCUUUGGUUAUUUCAUCACCGCCUGUGCAGUGAUCCUGCUGGCCAUUGGCUCCUAUGUUGUGUUGCCUCGUCUGGAUUUCUUCCGUUACUACUCCAUGAAAGACAAGACAGAGUAUCGGAGCCAUGGGAACCACUGUGAGAUAGAAGCAAAGGUUGAUCUCAUCAAGAAAGAUGGGCUCAAUGGUGUAGAACUCAAACAGCUUGAGAAUGGGGCCACCCACACACCAAACCAUGAAAUUUCAGUCUUUAACAUCUUCAAGAAGAUCUGGGUCAUGGCAAUGUCUGUCUGCCUAGUUUUUGCUGUCACGAUUGGAGUCUUCCCAGCUGUCACUGUUGAGGUACACUCAACCAUUGCAGGAAAAACUCUCUGGGCUAAAUAUUUCACCCCAGUUUCCUGUUUCCUGAUGUUUAAUGUCUUUGACUGGGCAGGACGGAGCCUUACAGCUUUCUGCAUGUGGCCUGGAAAGGACAGCCGCCUCCUACCUCUCAUGGUGAUUGCCCGUGUGGUCUUCAUCCCCCUCUUCAUGCUGUGCAACGUCCAACCCCGCCACAACUUGCCCGUCGUCUUUGCCCAUGACGCCUGGUACAUCGUCUUCAUGAUCUUCUUCUCCAUCUCCAACGGCUACCUGGCAAGCCUCUGCAUGGGAUUCGGGCCCAAGAAAGUGCUGCCCCAUGAAGCAGAGACUGCUGGAGCUGUCAUGGCAUUCUUUCUCUCACUGGGCCUGGCCUUGGGGGCUGUCCUCUCCUUCCCAUUCAAACACGUAAUCUAAGCGGGGUGCUCCAAAUGCUUUGUGAGCAGAGGAUCAGCACUACCUACAGAGGAGAUCUUCUCACCUGCUUCCCAGGAGCUCACUGACUUGCAUCCUACAUAGCUCAGUCCAGCUUCUCCCUUGCUGCUCAGAGGCCUCCACUCCUUGCUUUUGCCCGUGCCAGUUAUGUGUGACCCCCACCGGUCCAGCUUCAAGCAACCUUCCUCUCCCAUGACACCAGGAUCUUUUCAUACUGUGUACACCUACAGCAGAAUUUUUCCUUAUCGAGCCUGCCAAACCCUGGAACACAUCUCCAGUGUGCUCUCUUAAGCAGGGGCUGUUUCCUGUAAGCAUCUGCCCUGGAGCUUUAGCACUACUGUGGCCGCCACUACCAUGCAAAAGGGAUUGGUCUCCUAACCCAACUGUUUAUGCAGACCCAGUUUUAGCGCCGAAGCAUCGUCAACAUCUCUUCUGCUAUCGGCAGGCAUAUCCUGGCAAUGCCACUGGAAAAUGCUGACACCAUCGGUACUCCCAGAGACUCCCCAAUCAACUGCCAUGCCCUACCUCAGUAAAGUAGGUACUUCUUUUUGGGUGCACCGCUGACACAUUCCAGGCCCAACGUUUCCCAAGCAUUUCUGGUCUCCACCCUUGAAGAGAAUUGGGUGGGAGCAUCUGCUACAGAAGAGGAACCGGUUGACUCUGUCCCAGUGUCCCACUACCAGCAGAACUUUGGAGGGAUAGAGAGACUGAGCAAGCCAACAAUGGACAGUUUUGCUUUGAUUGACCAACUUUUCAAUGGCCUUCAUAUUCUUUGGCUGCUUAAAAGCUCAGCGCCUUGAGUUGCUCCCCAUUACUUUGUAAAUAUAUAUGUAUGUGCAGCUGCCAUUUUGUAUACAGACUGGACAUAGACUUCUGAACCCCUUCCAUGCUUUUUACAAAUGUCUAUAUGCAUUGUUGCAAGGUGGCAGCAGUAAAGGAGAUCCCAAGGGGCUGCCCUCCAGCAGAAGACAUGGAGCUCAGGAACUUCUAUUUCCCUGGCUCCCCAGCCCUGGCUGCUCCGAGCAGAGGCCCACGGUAUUUGCAAUCAUUUCUCAGCUCAGCGUCUGUGUUGCUCAUACUAUGAACCUCAGGAUUUUAACUAUUUUCUUUGAACUCUUGGUUUAAAACAGGGCUGCUCAACGUUGGCCCUCCUGCAGAUGUUGGACUACAUUUCCUGUCAUCCCUAAUGCUUGACCAUUGUGGCUGAGGAUGAUGGGAGUUGUGGUCCAAAACCAGCUAGAGUUAUGCAAAUGUGUGUGGGUUUUUUAAAAUCACAAGUACUGCCAUUUUUAAAGAGAGAACUUUUAGUCCUCCAGUGUGCAGAGCAGACCCAGUGUGUAAUUUAUAAAUAAAGUGGCAAAUUUAAUUGA